ACUGUAUGUAGAGAGAAAGAGAGAGAGAGAGAGAGAGAGAGAGAGAGGAGUUUUACACCUCUGCACCGUUUCCUUUCUCAUCUGUUUUUCUGUUGUCGCCGUCUUGAUCUGAUUUGUGGCGUCUGUUCUCCUCCCGCCUGUCCCUCCGUCUGUCUUCUUCCUCUACUCGUUCCUGGGAUGGAUCUCAAGACUGUUGUGACCAUCUCAACUCUUUUACUCAUCACUGCUGCAGACCAAACAUCACUUGGGCAAAACGUCACUGAUUCUGUCCCCACCAGCACACCCCCUAGCCCCACCAGUCUCUUGCCUUCAGCAUCCACUGCUGGCCCAAGCUCUAACCCAAGCAGGCUUGUGGCUGCCCUGGGCCUCCUCACAAUCACAUGGUACAGGACAUGUGAAGGAGAUGUGAACCUGAACCUGUACCAUCCCUCCAUCUCCUCCCUGCCCGUCUGUCAUGGCAGUGGAACAAACUUUCAGAGUCUUUUGAGAAAUGUUUGUAAGAACCAAAAAGGCUGUACAGACACGCCGCCCUUGCUCAAAGGCCGAGGCAAGCAGAAAGGUUAUAACAUCACAGCGAGCGGAGCAGAAGAGCAGCCCGACUGUGACACACUGAGGGUCCAAUGCACAGAUGUAGAUGUAGUCCAAGGACAGCUCCAGGCCUACAAAGUGGUGACAGCUUUGCUCUGCUGCUUUUUGCUGCUCCUGAUUCUGAUCCGCUUCACCAGACCCACUGUCAAAGCCCUGCAGAAGAGAUUUUCAGAGAGGAGGCAGAAUCGCUGGGUCGGACCUACACAGAGUCACAGUGUGUCUUACCAUCGAGGAAAAACUGCAGUUAAAACCAAUGACGCAGAGAAGAGACUGUCCUACCCUGCUCUGGAGCGACUGGCAGUCAGUGACAGCAGAGAGCCUUCAUCCAACAGGAACAGUGAUUACAACUUCUGAAACGCCUGUUCUUCCUGCAUCAUCAUCAUCAUCAUCAUCAUCUUCAUCAUCACCAUCUUUGGGUCAAACAUAUGUGUUAAUUUAACAGCACCUCUG